AGAGCGAGAGAAAGAGGCCAUUCCCUGCGGAAUGUGCUGUUUAUCAGGAGCACAGAGGAAAGGGCCAAUCACGUGGACUUGACCUGAAACAUACAUGGGGGGUCGGAGAUGCGGAGCGACCACUCAGAGUGACCACAGACCCUCAGACCCACAGAUCCACAGCCCCUCACAGGAAUCACCUGGAGAACAGAGCGCCGCGGGUUUUACGAGGCAGACCCAGAGCCUGCUGUAGUGUGAAGAUCACACAGGGAGAAGGAGUUACACCUCCAGGUUAAAGCCGAGAAGUGGCAGCAUGGCAGAGGGAGGCUGCGGAAAAACUGAGGAAGAAGAGGGACCGAGUACUGAGGAAGACUCGCAGUCCUACCACGGCGUCGGCGUCUGCAAGUGGUUUAAUGUACGGAUGGGGUUUGGGUUCCUGUCCAUGAACAGCCGGGAGGGCGAGCCUCUAGAGGGUCCAGUCGAUGUGUUUGUCCAUCAGAGUAAGCUGCACAUGGAGGGAUUUCGGAGUCUGAAGGAAGGUGAGGCUGUGGAGUUUACCUUCAAGAAGUCCUCCAAAGGCCUGGAGUCUGUGCGGGUAACAGGACCUGGAGGGGUCCACUGUGUGGGCAGUGAGAAGAGACCCAAAGGCAAGAGCACCCAGAAACGACGAUCUAAAGGAGACAGGUGCUAUAAUUGUGGAGGUUUGGACCACCACGCAAAGGAGUGCAAAUUGCCUCCUCAGCCGAAAAAGUGCCAUUUCUGCCAGAGUGUCGCGCACAUGGUUGCCAACUGCCCAAUCAAAGCACAGCAGCAGCAGCAGUCCUCGUCAGGCUCUCAGGGAAAGCCUUCAUCUCUGAAGGGAGAGGAAGAGGAGCAGAGCCAUCUCACUGCACCUACCGAAGCCGCAGAAUGAGACAGUAGUGCACACAAAGGAGGGUGGGAUACCGCCGACAAGCCAAUCAUACCAUUAUACUGAAAAGAUGAAUAUAUGUUCCUAUCAAUGCUGCUUUUGGAACUACCUCAGGUAUAUAAAAGAGAAACAGAAGAAGAAUGUAUCGGGUUUUUUUUUUGGUUUAACGGUGUAACACUCAGGAAUUCAUUUGCUUUGUUCUCAGGAAUUUUGACAACAUAUUUAUUGCAUUUUUUUUUACAAAUGUCAGAUUAUUCAAAAGCCAGUUUCAUUUACUGAUUUUAUGUGAUGUAGUUUUCUACAUGCAGUCAUUGUGUUAUUGGUAAAAAAGAAGCAAAUUCCUGAUUGUUACAUCUCAGUGUCCGACAAGAGCAGAGGCUGUGGAGACACUCCUUUGUGAAGAAUGUUCCUCUGUGUUUUUCAGGGAGUUUUGGGGUAAAAGGUUUUUAGAAUAUAGUUGGGGUGGGGGGUUUGCAAUCGACUGAGCUGAUCACCUGGGGCCAAAUGAAUGUUAAGCCAUGGUACUGGCUCUGCCAACCAAUGGUUAUUGUGUAAUUUUUCAAUAUUAACUUAUAGAUUUGGUUUCCUUUAUUCAUUGGACAAUAGCUGUGUGAUUACUUGGAAAGAAUGACACAAUGUUAAAGAUUAAUCAUGUUCAAGUUUACUUUUCAGAAUACAAUUUGCAUUAAAAACGUCUGACUCUGCAUUAACUGUUACGUAACUGCAGCUGUGCAUGUGUUCAUUUGUGCCAUAGCCUUAUUGCCUUUUUUUUCUUUUGACAGUUUACUUGUCCUUUAUUUUAUAGAGAAAUUGUGUAUUGAGUUGAUGAAGUUCAUUUAUAAAUCAAUGAUUAGACAUUGCCUCCAGUUGCCAGUCUUCUUUAAGAAUGGGAGGUGCACACAGACCUAAAGAACUUCGUAGCCUUUUACUCCCAUUUUACAGGAGAAGCUGGCAAACUUUACACAGUUUAUAUAUACUGUAUAUGUAGACCUAGUAUAAAAAUCACUAGUAUUUAUUUAUAGCCAUUCACCUCAUAUACCUCAUCUUUUUACAUUUAACUUUUGUCAAAGAAGUCUCAGGUUGAAGAAGAACAAAGAGCAGAGUUUAUUGUUGUUGUACAUCAGUAGUUGUAGAGUGCCACUGGCCUGCACAUUUUGCAGUUUUCUCUCUUCCUAACUAACAAACUAACAAGCCCUUCCUGAGUUGAACUGGGUAUGUUAGGGCUGUGAAAGGACUGCGGUACUCCUGGGCCAAGAUUUACAACCACUGAUGUAGGCAAUCCUCAUCACACACCAAUGUGAUUUUGUUCUUACUUUACUAUAUUAUUAUGUAUACUUUAUCUAAUAUGAUACCAUUUAUAAAAAUCACUAGUAUUUAUUUAUAUCCAUUACUAUAGUUUCCUCACAAACAUCAUCCUAUUUACAUUCUCUUUAUUAUAUACCUCACUUUCAUAACAUCUAUUUAUGAUUUGAUAAUCAAGUGCUACUUGUUGUAGGAUGUGUAUUUAAAUUACAGUUUUUUAUGUUUUUUCUAUGCACACUGCUGUUACUCUGGGUAAAAAUGCAUUAGAAAUGUUAUCUAUGCUUAAUCAAUGCAAGGUUAAUUCUGCACUAAUCAUGCUGCAGAUUAAUUUUGUCUGUGUUAUGAUUGUCUUCUACACUUCGUUUUUCUGUUUCUGUUUGUUGUUUUUUCAAGAACAGUAUAUGAAAGUUUUAUUAUGUAACCAAUAUAGCAGGGAGGGUUUCUGUCAUGAAUCUCAGGGAACGAUUCAGAUGAUCAUGUUGGUUCGAUUUCUUUCAGGGAACAUUUUGUGAUAUAUGCUGAGAAUAAGAAGUUCAAUGUCACAUUAGUAAUUUAGAAUAAAAUAAGCAUGAACCUUUUUUUCUACAAUGGUUUUGUUAUUUUGUGAACUCAAUGUUUAUACUCCUUAGGACUUUUUCAAAGAGUAAUUAUAUUUGAGAAUGUGGUAAGCCGACUGAAUAAUCAAAAACGCAUUUGCAAACAAAUACAGAACAAUUUUUAUUUUAUUUUUUAAAGAUUUGUGUAUGUAAUUGUCAUUAAAAAAUGUAUAUCCAUUUUCAUGCAUGUAAUGGCCUGAGAAAAAAAACAUGAACUAUAUGUAUUUGCACAUAAGUUUGGUCAUUUUGAACAGAUCUUUUUCUUUUGAAUAAAAGUUUGCCAUACACAUGAUACAUA